AUGUUACCUCUUUGCUACUUCCUCUUUGCUCUUCUGAUCUCUCUACUCGAAAAAAACGUACUCGCCUGCAAGGAAAUCGAGCGCCAAUCCCUAUUAUCUUUUGCAAACUCCCCUCAUCUCAACUGGUCUUUAUCAACUGAUUGCUGCCAAUGGGAAGGCAUUUCUUGCACGUUAAACCAUCGCAAAAAUCCUCGAGUCACCGGCCUAUCGCUGCCCGGAAAAUCCCUCUCCGGCAAACUCGAUCUUCCCUUUCUAGCAAACCUUUCCUAUCUCUCUCGCCUCAAUCUCUCCCACAAUCUUCUCACCGGCCCUCUCCAAUUCUCGGUUUUUCACUCCUUAUCCCGUCUGCAAAAUCUGGACUUGAGUUUCAACCGAUUUUCCGGUUCGCUCCAAACCCCACCACAAUCUUCGCUCCUUUCCAUCCGGUUUUUGGAUUUAUCGAGCAAUCGGCUAAACGGGUCCUUAGAUCCUGCGUUUUUCCGGCAUUUGCCGAAUUUGGUAACUUUCAAUGUCAGUAACAAUACCUUUACAGGUCAGAUACCUUUUUCGUUUAUUUGCUCGGGCUCCCCUUCUUUACAGGUCUUGGAUCUUUCAAAUAACCAAUUUAAUGGGUCUGUUUUGCCUGGGCUUGGUGAAUGUUCGAAGCUGAUAAUUUUCAAGGCUGCUUUUAACUCUUUAUCGGGGUUUCUGCCGUACGAUCUUUACGAGGUGAAAACGCUUCAACAAAUCUCUCUGUCUAACAAUCUGUUUUCUGGGCCAAUCAAUGACUCCAUUGUUCACCUUCCCAAUCUCACCAGUUUAGAGCUCCAAGUGAACGAGUUAACUGGAGAAAUUCCUCUUGCUAUUGGGUUGCUUUCCAAUUUAGAGCAACUUCAGCUUCACACAAAUAGCUUGGAAGGUCCCCUGCCUCAGUCUCUAACAAACUGCUCCAGCCUGAAAACUCUGCUCUUACGCAACAAUAACUUUUCAGGAGAAAUUUCGAAACUCGAUUUCUCUACGCUACAAAAUCUCCAAGCCAUCGAUCUCGGGAAUAACAGCUUCAUUGGGGGAAUUCCGAGUAGCUUUUGCCUUUGCAGGUCGAUAACAGCCCUUCGACUGGCAUAUAACAAGCUUUCGGGAGAAAUCCCGCCGUGCAUGGCUUCGUUAACAUCCUUAACUCAUUUCUCGGUUUCGGACAAUUAUCUGUCGAACGUUGCCGGAGCAUUGAAGAUUCUGAGGCACUGUGAUGAGCUGGCAGUCUUGUUCAUGUCGAGAUGUUUUAGAGAUGAAACAAUGCCCGAUGAUGAUGAUUAUGACGAUUUCUCGUUUCAAAAUCUGCAGAUUUUGACUCUUGGAGGAUGCCAGCUCAAGGGAAGAAUACCGUAUUGGAUUUCGAAGCUGAGAAGGCUCAAAAUGCUUAAUCUUUCUUAUAACAAGAUCUCGGGUUCGAUCCCAACAUGGCUAGGAUCAAUGCCGAGUUUAUUUGUUCUGAACUUGACUCAAAAUGAGCUUUCGGGUCAGCUCCCGAGAGAAAUAACUCAUCUCUCGGCUUUGAUCUCGGAUAACACGAGCUCCGAUUUGAGUUAUUUGGCACUGCCUUUUUUAUUCGAUGCCCACCAAUAUAACCGUCUGUUUAAUCUGCCGAGGUCUUUGAAGGUGAACAGUAAUAAUCUGAGUGGGAAUAUUCCGGAAGAAAUAGGAAGGCUUAGGCUUGUUCGCGUGUUGGAACUCGCUGAUAAUAAUUUCAACGGCGGCAUACCCGGCCAGCUGUCGAAUCUCGUGAAUUUGGAGAUGUUGGAUAUGUCGGGAAAUAAUCUGACGGGCGAGAUUCCACAGUCGUUGACUGGUCUUAGUUUUCUUUCUUUGUUUAGCGUUGCAAAUAAUGAUCUUGAAGGGGAAAUUCCGAGAGGGGGACAGUUUGAUACAUUUCCGGCGGCUUCUUUUGAGGGGAAUCCAAAGCUUUGUGGGUUUGUGAUUCGGAAGAGGUGUGAUGAUGGUGGUGUUUUGCAGGCAGGGGUUGAUGAAGAAGAAGAUGAUGGGAGUAUGUGGUACAUAGAUAAUCUCCCUUUUGGGUUGGGAUAUUUGGUGGGACUUUUUGCUGUUAUGGUUGCUAUGUUUUGGAGAAGUGUAAGAGGAUAG